UUCCCCAACAAUUACCCGUUCACCACCAGCCGUAUCCUCCAGACAAAAGUCUGGUCUUGUUUCGGGAUGAGGGAUGCCAUUCCCCCAAAUCCAACGCCUCACGGCAUGCUAUACAGUUCUCAAUGGCAGAAACACAUUUUCCAACAACGUCAUCAGGUCCUUUCACAGCUCUCGUCGUCUGUGCCAAGAUGACGUCGGCCAAAAUCACUACGAGACGUUGAAAGUCGGCGAGAAUGCCUCCGCCGCUGAAAUCAAGAAGUCCUUCUACACGCUCUCCAAAACUCACCAUCCGGACCACAACCGUUCGGACCCGGACGCCUCGGCCCGCUUCAUGCGCAUCUCGGAUGCCUACUCUACCCUGUCUUCGCCCGACAAGCGCGCCGCCUACGACCGUGAUGUGAUGCGCAAACACCAGCACUCGGCCGCCGCAGCAACCAGGGGAUCCUACAGCUCCACGGGCCCCGCGGGCGGCCGCGCCGCAUCGGGUCUCAGUCGUCGGCGGAGCACGUACACAGGCCCGCCGCCGUCCUUCUAUCGCAACGGCGGGUGGGGAGCGCACGGCGCCAAGAGGGCGGCGGCGCACGAGGCCAGCAGCGGCGGGGCCGGUGGUGCACGCGCCGAGGAGAAAGCACCACCACCGGGCGGUGGCGGCACUUGGGGCACCGGGAUGGGGUACGGCCAGGGUCAGCGGUCAGAGGACGUGCCGCAUUUUGACCACGAGGGCCACGAGCGCACCCACCGCCGCAUGGACCGUCGCAAGGCGUCUUCGAUGGGGUUUGAGCCGUCCGUCGGGUCCCAUGAUAGUUUCAUGGGUGGGUUCAUUGUCGUGUCGGCUGUUUUGGCCGUGGCGCUGGCGGUGCCUGCACUCUUCUUUUCACAGAAGAGAGACAGGGCUGACAGGAGCCAGGCGAUCCGCCAGGGUAGGGCUUGA